UAUAAAUCAAAACUCAAAAGUAUCUUCAGGUUGACUAAUGUAAAACAUCGACCUUAAUUUAGUCAAAUCGAAAGCUCCAUUUUAAAAACCCAUUAGAAAUUCCCGCGGUAUCCUAUGUUUAAAAAAAAACGUUUUUCUUCGAUUCUCUUCCUGGUUUUAUUAGGCUACUACGUGCACAGCUCUAUUGAAAAGUUAAUGUAAAUGUGAAAGACACCAAACCCCAUCCGAAAGGCGUCAGACAGCCAGGAGAUAAUGUUCAGAUUUACCCCACCCGCCGCCUCCACCCUUUUCUAAAUCAACGAUCUGUUUACAGUUAUGGGACGUGCAGACGCACCAAUCCCUCACAGAGUGUGUCGGAUUAUUGUUAACUUGCUUUAAAGUUACCGUCCAAAUCGUUUGAGUAACGUUUAAUUGACUGCCGGGGUCUGGAAGGGUACAUGCUGUAUCCCCCUCUUGCCCCAGUGCCAUGGAUACUGUAGCGGUACAGGUGGAGCCUCUGACAGGCUGCUUCACAGUCACGUGAUCCGGUUCAGAAGCAGCAGCGGUUGCAGAAAUUUGUUAAAAUUUCAUUGCCAGGCUACGGUCUAGUGGAAAAGGGGUGUCAGUGUCGUCUGCGCCUUUUCAUUUCAUCUAUAUAAACGCGAGGGCAACGGACCGCGCGUGCUAUCAUCUGUUAAAGCGAAGAGUGCAGGCAAGAUCGGAGGAAAACAUCGAAGCAUCUGCGCGCAGGGAAGCAGGAUCUUACGGUCUGUGGGCUUGACUCCAUUCAAUCGCACCACAGUUUGUAAAGGGACCAUUGCUGGCUGGACUUAUUUCAAGACAUGGUUGAUUAUCUAAAUCCUUCGAGUGAGGCGUGAAAAUGAUCCUGAUUGGAUUUGGACGGUCGCUUUUUGGUGGAUUGUGUAACGUGGAGGUAUAAACUUUAGGUAUAAACUGGCGUUGGGUUCAAAACAGAGAUGUGUUUAGAUGAGCUCUGAAUGGCUGGAAUACUUUAAGGAACUCCCCGUGUGUGUGUGUGUUGUGUGUGUGUGGUGGCUGAACAAGCUCUCGUGGAUGCCAGACCUGUACAGAUGAGAAGAACUCGUGGCUGGGACUACAUCGCGCGUUGUGAUGCUUCUUCUUUACUCUCUGAUGUGAAUUUGGAUUUCUAUAGUCAACUCUGCGUGUUUCUAGAAUGGCUCGGUUUGAAGACGAUCUCCCGACCCGGUAUGGAGGCGGUGGCUCUCCAGCGGGUCCAGGCAGAGGUGUCAGCCGGCAACCGGGCCCCCCGGCCGGACAGAGGAUGUAUAAGCAAACAAUGGCCCAAAGAGCCCGGACAAUGGCCAUAUACAACCCGAUACCGGUCAAACAGAACUGUCUCUCAGUCAACAGAUCCCUUUUCAUCUUCAGCGAAGAUAAUAUCAUUCGAAAAUAUGCAAAGAAAAUAACAGAGUGGCCUCCAUUUGAGUACAUGAUUCUCACCACCAUUAUAGCAAACUGCAUUGUACUGGGCUUAGAGCAGCAUUUACCAGCUUUAGACAAGACACCCAUGUCAAAACGACUGGAUGACACUGAACCCUACUUCAUCGGAAUAUUUUGCUUCGAGGCCGGGAUCAAGAUCAUCGCUCAAGGUUUUGCUUUUCAUAAAGACUCCUACCUCCGCAAUGGGUGGAAUGUAAUGGAUUUUGUUGUUGUGUUGACGGGGAUUCUAACUGUAGUGGGGCCAGACUUUGAUUUGCGGACACUCAGGGCAGUAAGAGUCUUGCGGCCACUCAAACUCGUGUCUGGAAUUCCAAGUCUCCAGGUGGUUCUGAAGUCCAUCAUGAAAGCAAUGGUUCCUCUGCUUCAGAUUGGCCUUCUGCUCUUUUUUGCUAUCCUCAUGUUUGCCAUCAUUGGCCUAGACUUCUACAUGGGCAAGUUUCACCGCACCUGCUUCAGAAACGAUACUGGGGAACAGGCUGCUGACUUUCCAUGUGGGACGGAACUUCCAGCCCGAAUGUGUGAAGGCGACACUGUUUGUAGGCUAUACUGGACCGGUCCAAACUUCGGCAUAACAAACUUUGACAACAUCCUGUUUGCUGUGCUCACCGUCUUCCAGUGCAUCACUAUGGAAGGAUGGGUGGACAUCCUUUACAAUGCCAACGAUGCCUCAGGGAACACCUGGAACUGGCUCUACUUCAUCCCACUCAUCAUCAUCGGCUCUUUCUUCAUGCUCAACUUGGUUUUGGGGGUGCUGUCGGGGGAGUUUGCAAAGGAGAGAGAGCGUGUGGAGAAAAGGCAGGAGUUUCUAAAGCUUCGCAGACAACAGCAGAUCGAGAGGGAGCUGACGGGCUACCUGGAGUGGAUCUGCAAGGCAGAGGAAGUAAUACUUGCUGAAGAAGAUAAAAAUGCAGAGGUGAAGGAUGAUGGUGCCUGGUACAAGAGGAAAUGCAACAACCCAGUAUUGAAAAGAGCCAAGAAGAGCAAAAAUGACCUCAUCAGUGCAGAGGAAGGAGAAGACCAUUUCACUGACAUCACAUCAGUCGCUCCCAAGGGCUCUCCGUUCACCCGUACAAGCAAGAGCAGCAAGAACGAAAGCUCAUCAUACCUUCGCAGGAAAGAGAAGAGGUUUCGCUUCUUCAUCCGCCGUAUGGUGAAGGCCCAGAGCUUCUACUGGACUGUUCUGUGUAUAGUGGGACUGAACACACUGUGUGUGGCUAUAGUUCACUAUGACCAGCCCGACUGGCUCACAUAUGCACUGUAUUUGGCGGAGUUUGUAUUCCUUGGUCUGUUUCUAAUAGAGAUGAGUCUGAAGAUGUAUGGCCUUGGGCCCAGGACCUACUUUCACUCCUCAUUUAACUGCUUUGACUUUGGGGUGAUUGUGGGUAGUAUUUUUGAGGUGAUCUGGGCAGCAGUAAAACCAGGAGCCUCUUUUGGCAUUAGUGUGUUGCGAGCACUACGUUUGCUGAGGAUAUUCAAGGUUACCAAGUAUUGGAACUCGUUACGGAAUCUGGUGGUGUCUCUGCUCAACUCAAUGAAGUCCAUCAUCAGUCUCCUGUUCCUGCUGUUUCUCUUCAUCGUAGUGUUUGCUCUGCUAGGAAUGCAGCUCUUCGGAGGACAGUUUAAUUUUGAAGAUGAGACCCCGACGACCAACUUUGACACAUUCCCAGCUGCUAUCCUGACAGUGUUUCAGAUUCUGACAGGAGAGGACUGGAAUGCUGUGAUGUAUCAUGGAAUUGAAUCCCAGGGAGGAGUGCACCGGGGAAUGUUCUGCUCCGUGUACUUCAUUGUGCUCACAUUAUUUGGAAACUACACUCUCCUUAAUGUCUUUUUGGCCAUCGCUGUUGAUAAUCUUGCCAAUGCACAGGAACUCACCAAGGAUGAGGAGGAGCAGGAGGAGGCCAUAAGUAAGAAACUGGCUCUGCAGAAAGCCAAGGAGGUAAAGGAGGUCAGCCCCAUAUCGGCCGCUAACAUUUCCAUCACAGCGAGUUUUGUCUGCUCCCCUGCACAUCACUACUUGAGUAAAGAACCGCAGCGCUCUCUAAAAAUGAUGUCCGUGUGGGAGCAUCGCACCACACAGAUUCGGAUGCACAUACGGGCCAGCAGUGAGGCAUUGUACCAAGAGGAGCUCAACCCCCGGCUGACCACUAACCUUCACCUCCGCCCUGACAUGAAAACCCACCUGGACCGGCCUCUGGUGGUGGAACCUCGUUGUGAUGGUCCCAUCAGUACCCACAGAGGCUGGGACAAACCCCAGGAUUUGCAAGGGGAGGGCGGCACACCAGAGGAACGAGUCCCCCCUGUGAUAGAGCCCCCACAGUCACACCCACCACGCAAGCACCACCGUCACAGAGAGCGUCCCUCCAAUGAGACCAGUGAAAAUGGUUACACGGGUCGACACAAAGAAGGCCGGCAUCACGUCCAUCACAGCCGCAGUAAGGAGCAUGAUGGGAGACGGUCUAAGGAGGGGAAGAGUGACAGGAGCCGGAGCAGAGAGGGGGGCCGCAGACAUCACCACCAGAGCUCAGUUGAUGAGGGAAGUCUGGAGACAGAACAUCGUCACCAUCACUCCCACAGGCAUAACAGAGAGGGCAACGGAGUGGUCAGUGCUGUGGGGAAGAGCGAACGGUGGUCCAGGCAGAAGGAUGGCUCACAUUCAGAAACAAGAGGGGGAGAGAGGUGCUCCAGGGGCGAACAUGGAGGUAAUGGAGGGAGGAGACAGCACAGACUACGUACCAGUAAAGCUCAGUCCACGCUGGAAGGAGACGAGCAACAAGGGAAUGAAGAGAAGGAGGAGGGCAAGUCUCACAGCCACAGACACAUGGACAUGAGCGGAGAUUCCCUGGCUGUAAACCCCCAUCAACCUUCAGUUGGAAACCGAUUGUGUCUUGAGAGACCUGAAGACUCAGACAAUAAACAAAACAUUGGUCAGACUGGAGGAAUGGGAACACACAUUCCUGUGACCGUCACAUCUCCCCCUGGAGAAACGACCCUUAUACCCAUGAACAGUAUAGACAGUGAGACGAUGCCCAUGACUGAGAAGAAUCUGGAGGAUCUGAACCAGAGUAGCCAUCGUCCCAUCCUCCCCUUCAGCUCCAUGUUCAUCUUCAGCCCAAAUAAUCCGGUGAGGCGUCUGUGCCACUACAUUGUGAGUCUGCGCUACUUUGAGAUGUGUAUCCUGGUGGUGAUUUCCAUGAGCAGUAUAGCCCUGGCUGCGGAGGACCCAGUCCAAGCCAAUGCCCCUCGUAACAAUGUUCUGAAGUAUUUGGACUAUGUCUUCACUGGUGUUUUCACAUUUGAGAUGGUCAUUAAGAUGGUGGAUUUAGGUUUAUUGCUGCAUCCUGGUUCAUACUUCAGAGAUCUGUGGAAUAUUCUGGACUUCAUUGUUGUCAGUGGUGCACUGGUGGCAUUCGCAUUCUCGAGCUUCAUGGGAUCACAUCUUAACAUAAACAGAGGAACCAAGGGAAAAGACAUCAGCACUAUCAAGUCCCUGAGGGUGUUGCGAGUCUUGCGACCACUGAAGACCAUUAAACGUCUACCGAAACUGAAGGCUGUGUUUGACUGUGUGGUGAACUCCCUGAAGAACGUGUUGAAUAUCCUCAUUGUCUACAUCCUGUUCAUGUUCAUCUUUGCUGUCAUUGCUGUGCAGCUCUUCAAGGGCAAGUUUUUCUACUGCACAGACGAGUCCAAAGGUCUGGAGAAAGACUGCAGAGGGCUGUUCUUGGAUUAUGAUAAGGAUGAAGUAGCAGCCCAGCCCAGGGAGUGGAGGAAAUAUGAGUUCCACUACGACAAUGUGCUGUGGGCGUUUCUUACUCUCUUCACUGUUUCUACUGGAGAGGGCUGGCCAACGGUUUUGAAGCACUCUGUAGAUGCCACUUUUGAGGACCUGGGUCCUAGUCCAGGCUACCGCAUGGAGAUGUCCAUCUUCUACGUGGUCUACUUUGUGGUCUUCCCCUUCUUCUUCGUCAACAUUUUUGUGGCCUUGAUAAUUAUCACAUUCCAGGAACAGGGCGAUAAGGCCUUGUCAGAGUGCAGUCUGGAGAAGAAUGAGAGAGCCUGCAUUGACUUUGCUAUCAAUGCCAAACCGUUGACCCGCUAUAUGCCACAGAACCAGCAGUCCUUUCAGUACCGCUUGUGGAAGUUUGUGGUUUCUCCACCGUUUGAGAACUCCAUCAUGAUCAUGAUCGCUCUCAACACUGUGGUGCUCAUGAUGAAGUUCCAUGGGGCUCCUGAAUUUUAUGAAGCAAUGCUAAAGUAUCUCAACAUUGUUUUCACUGCUCUCUUUUCAAUGGAGUGUAUUAUAAAGAUUAUUGCUUUCGGGCCCUUGAAUUACCUGAAAGACGCCUGGAAUGUGUUUGACUUUGUGACUGUGCUGGGCAGCAUCACUGACAUCUUGGUCACUGAGAUUAACACUACGGACCGUCUGCUGAACUUGAGUUUCCUGAGGCUCUUCAGAGCAGCCAGACUCGUCAAACUCCUUCGGCAGGGAUACACCAUACGCAUCCUGCUCUGGACAUUCGUCCAAUCGUUUAAGGCUUUGCCUUAUGUUUGCCUUCUAAUUGCCAUGCUGUUUUUCAUCUACGCCAUCAUAGGAAUGCAGGUGUUUGGGAACAUCGAGUUGAGUGAUGAUACCGCCAUCAAUCGUCACAACAACUUUCGCACUUUCCUCCAAGCGCUUAUGUUGUUGUUCAGGAGUGCUACUGGUGAAGCCUGGCACGAGAUUAUGCUGUCCUGUCUGAGUGAGCGCACAUGUGAUGCGAGCUCAGGCAUUCAUGGAAAAGAGUGCGGGAGUGACUUUGCCUACUUCUACUUUGUCUCCUUCAUUUUCCUCUGUUCUUUCCUGAUGCUGAACCUGUUUGUGGCUGUCAUUAUGGACAACUUUGAAUAUCUGACACGUGACUCCUCCAUCUUGGGCCCUCACCACCUGGAUGAGUUUAUCCGAGUGUGGGCAGAGUAUGACCCAGCUGCAUGUGGCCGUAUCAAGUACCUCGAUAUGUAUGAGAUGCUGCUCCACAUGUCCCCACCUUUAGGUUUGGGAAAGAAAUGCCCUCCACGAAUCGCCUACAAGCGGCUGGUGAAAAUGAACAUGCCCAUUGCAGAAGACAACAGUGUGCACUUCACCUCUACACUGAUGGCUCUGAUCCGCACUGCCUUAGAGAUCAAACUGGCAUCAGGCAUGGUGGCCCAACGUCUGUCAGACGCUGAACUGAAGAAGGAGCUUGCUAUGGUCUGGCCAAGCCUGUCUCAGAAGACUAUGGACCUGCUGGUCACUCCACACAAACCCAAUGAGCUUACAGUGGGGAAGGUAUAUGCGGCUCUUAUGAUUUUUGAUUAUUACAAGCAAAACAGAGCCAAAAGACUUCAGAUGCAGCAACAGCAGCAGAGAGAACAGGCUGGACCUGGAUCUCAGAAUAAAGUCAGUGCUCUUUUAGAGCCUAUUCUCCCACUAACCCACAUGCAAGAUCAGACCAUGAACAGUGUAGAUUCGGCCUCAGAAUUUCAAGCUCAGACCAGACGCAGCUCCACCAUGCUCAAUAACGGACACACACAUCUUGACAACACAAUUAAAGGAUCUUCAUCCUGGGCUUCAGAGUCCAAGGAGGUGCAGUGGUCUAAACGGCGGCCAAUGUCCAGAGGUCAAUCAGAGAAUGCCUCAAAUGCAAACACUGCCCAGGCAUCAGUAGAAAUGAGGAAGAUGGAGAACAGUGCCAACACAGUGUCCUCUGGCAGUCUUGAAGGCCAAGGACGUGCAGUAUCCAUGCCAAAACUCAACACAGAAAUGCAGAGGAGUCAUUCCCGUCAUUCUCCUGGGACUUUACUGGAACCAAUUCCCGAUUCCCCCAUGAGACGCUCCGCAUCCACUUUUGCACCACAGCGCCCUCAGGAAGUGAAUCUGAAUGACUACACUUUGGUGAAACCUGUUCAAGAACGACAUCACCACCAUCACCAUCAUCACCGAUGCCAUCAUCGCAGGGACAGAGACAAGAAACAGAGAUCGGUGGACAGGUCGCCCACAGGCCAACACAAAGCUACAGGCACAGCCGCUGACCCUGUAGAGGAGAGGUCGCAUGACCGAGGUCGUUCCCACGAGAGGAAGCAUCAUUCGUCUUCGGCGGAGAAGCAGCGCUAUUACUCAUGUGAUCGCUACGGCAGUCGAGAAAACUGUCCCAGCAAGUCUGCCAUGGCAAGCUGUGCCACCUCACCUAGCGAGGCCCUGGAGGCCAGUCUCAACAAGCAGGGCAGUGGGUGGGCUAAGGGGAGCCCGGUGUUGUUGACCUCAGGGGCGAGCACUCCAAGCCAUGGGCGCAGACAGCUACCCCAGACCCCCAUUGCUCCUCGUCCCUCUGUGGCCUACAGGACUGCCAGCUCCUCCCCUGUGCAGUUUCUGGGCACACAGGCCGGCUUGCUUCCCCCGAGUCCCGGAAGGCUGAGCCGCGGUCUGUCUGAGCACAACGCCCUCUUAAACAGCAGCUCCAUCUCCAGCUCGCCGGCCCCAGUCAGUCGCAUUAACUCAGAACCCUUCCUAGGGCCACCGGACCACCCUGCCGGACCCCAACCCGAAGUCUACGCUGUCUUCCAGGAUGAUCCGAGACCUCAGAUGGGCCAUUCUCCCCAGACUGUAGGGAUGCCGAUCGUGGCGAUUCCCCCACCUCCCCAACAACAGUUCCGCGGGGUUCCCAAUGGAUACCACUUUACCAUGGGCCCCGGCGCCACCAAAGGACGGGCACGACGGUACUACCCAGAGGCAGUGGUGGACGACUGGUGCUAGCAUGGCUUUAAUUUACACACAGAUGAUGUUUUUAUUUUCUAAUCAUGAUGAGUUUUAUCAUCUCUUAUUUUGUGGGCGGUGUUAAAUGCAGUAAUGCAUGUAUUUGUUUUUCAAUGUCCAAAGGAUAAAACAUACAUGUACACUUACAAAGCAGCAGAUGUGGUAUAAAAAGGAUAAAAUUCACUCAAUUUUUAUGUAUUUCAGUCAGGCUAAAUGGUUUGGUGGGUGUGGUCUCUUUAAAAACACGAAAGAUUGAAAGUUUAUGUGCAAACACACAG